UUAUUAACAAAUACCUAAAAAAUUUUUCCUUUCUUUUAGAAAAAUAAAAAUAUCAAGUUUAAAAAUUAUGGAAAAUAUUUUUAUUGUAAAUUCAUAUCUUAAAAAACUUUUCUUUGCUUUAGCCUGCUCCUCCCAAAUAAGAGUGUAAAUGUUGAACCCAAUGGAUGGCGCCUCGCGUUGUAGCUUUUAACGCCUUCAAGCUUCAACCUGCCGGUCAGUGCUGCCAAAGGCUUCCUCCUCUCCCUUGCUUGCCCUUGUCAGGCAUAUGCAAAUCUUCUUCUCUAGCACCCGUUUAUCACAGAAACUUUACCCUACUUACCUCACCGAGCCAUGUUAGAAUUAUCGUAGAGCCAAUGCGUCUCAGGAUUUUCUUCAAAACAUCUCCUGCCUCAAACUCACACUCCUCUCUUCACCCACUCACAUUUUCAACUAUUCCAUAUGAGUUGGACCAGCUUGUUCAGACCCCUAAACCCCAUAAUUACGCCCAGAUCUUGCUUUCCAGCAUCGGAAAAUGCAAACAGGCCAAAGCACACCACACGCUCGAAGAAACGCCUCAAAGGCUAUUGCAAUUUUCAACAACCAAUAGAAUUAUCCAUGGCCAGAGCCUCAAACAUGGUUUUUGGUCAAAUGGGCCUUUGGGGAAUUCCAUUCUUGACAUAUAUGCCAAAUGUGGCCAUGUGGAUUUUGCGGAGAAGGUCUUCAAUAGGCUUGAAAAUAGAGAUGUAUUGGCUUGGAACUCUAUCUUGUCAAUGUAUUCGAAAUGGGGAUUUUUGGAUACGGUUGUUAAGUCCUAUGGAUCAUUGUGUAGUCAUGGGGUGUGGCCUAAUGAGUUCACUUUUGCUAUUGUUUUAUCAGCUUGUGCUAGAUUGGAGAGUGUUGAAUGUGGCAGACAAGUUCAUUGCAAUGUAGUUAAGAUGGGCUAUGGCUCGAGUUCUUUUUGCGAGGGUGCUCUUAUUGAUAUGUAUGCUAAAUGUAAUAGCAUGGUUGAUUGUCGAAGGGUGUUUGAUGAAGGAGUUGAAUUGGAUACAGUUUCUUGGACGUCAUUGAUUGCUGGGUAUGUUAAAGCUGCUUUGCCUGAGGAGGCGUUAAAAGUGUUUGAAGAGAUGAAGAAAGUAGGUCGGGAACCAGACCAAGUAGCAUUUGUGACUGUCAUAAAUAUAUAUGUUGGUCUAGGAAGGCUUGAUGAUGCAAUCGAUUUAUUCUCCCAGAUGCCUAACCCUAAUGUUGUGGUAUGGAAUGUGAUGAUUUCAGGGCAUGCCCGGAAAGGUUAUAUGGCAAAAGCUAUCGAGAUUUUCCAAAAUAUGAGGAAAGCUGGUAUUAAGUCUACAAGAUCCACGUUAGCAAGUGUAUUGAGUGCAGUUGCGAGUUUAACUGCUCUUGACUUUGGUUUGCUAGUUCAUGCGGAGGCAGUUAAACAGGGGUUGGACUCUAACGUCUAUGUUGGAAGUUCAUUGAUUAGCAUGUAUGCUAAAUGCGAGAAGAUUGAAGCGGCAAGAAAAGUUUUUGAUGCUUUAGAUGAGCAAAAUGUUGUCUCCUGGAAUGCAUUGCUUGGAGGUUAUGCACAAAAUGGAUAUGGCUACAAAGUGAUGGAAUUAUUCCCCAAUAUGAAGAGCUGUGGUUUCCAUCCAGAUGAAUUUACCUAUACCAUUAUUUUGAGUGCAUGUGCUUGCAUGAAAUUUCUGGAAGGGGGUCGGCAAUUGCAUGCAGUCAUCAUCAAGGAUAAAUUUGCCUCAAACUUAUUUGUGGGAAAUGCAUUGGUUGAUAUGUAUGCUAAAUCUGGUGUUCUUGAGGACGCAAGGAAACAAUUUGAACUCAUGAAGUACAGAGACAAUGUUUCUUGGAAUGCAAUUAUUGUUGGAUAUGUGCAGGAAGAAAAUGAGGUUGAGGCGUUCCUUAUGUUCCAAAAGAUGCAUUUGCUUGGGAUUUUGCCUGAUGAAGUCUCCUUGGCCAGUAUACUGAGUGCCUGUGCAAAUGUUGAAGGUAUUGAGCUGGGGAAACAGAUGCAUUGUCUCUCAGUCAAAACUGGUCUUGAAACAAGCCUUUAUGCUGGAAGCUCCCUUAUUGACAUGUAUGCAAAGUGUGGUGCUAUUGGCUCUGCACAUAAAAUUUUUGCAAGCAUGCCUGAGCGUAGUGUGGUCUCCAUGAAUGCCCUUAUCGCAGGAUAUUCUACUAUUAAUAUAGAAGAUGCAAUACUACUCUUUAAACAGAUGCAAAUUGAAGGACUUAGUCCAUCUGAAGUAACUUUUGCAAGCCUUUUAGAUGCAUGUGGUGGACCUCAACAGUUGAAUCUAGGAAGGCAAAUCCACUCUCUUAUUCUAAAAGGGGGCCUUCAGUAUGAUGAUGAAUUCUUAGGUGUCUCCCUCUUGGGCAUGUACAUGAACUCCUUAAGAAAAGAAGAUGCAAGUAUUCUCUUCUCAGAAAUUUCAAAUCCAAAAAGCAAUAUAUUGUGGACUGCAAUGAUUUCAGGACUUGCACAAAAUGAUUGUACUGAUGGGGCUUUGCUGUUCUAUCAAGAGAUGCGUAGCUGCAAUGUGCUACCUGAUCAAGCCACAUUUGUCAGUGUGCUUAGAGCAUGUGCUAUCUCAUCUUCUAUGAGAGAUGGAAGACAGGUUCACUCACUCAUUAUCCACAUUGGUUUUGACUUAGAUGAAUCAACGUGCAGUGCCCUUGUGGACAUGUACGCUAAAUGCGGGGAUGUGAAGAGUUCCAUGCAAGUUUUUGAGGAAAUGCAUAGUAAAAAUGAUGUUAUUUCUUGGAACUCAAUGAUAGUUGGAUAUGCUAAAAAUGGGUAUGCAGAAGAUGCACUAAGAGUCUUUGAUGAGAUGAAGCAAACACCUGUUAUACCUGACGAUGUCACGUUUCUUGGUGUUCUCACUGCAUGCAGUCAUGCAGGGAGGGUAUCUGAAGGCCGUCAGACCUUUGAUAGUAUGGUUAACUAUUACAAGAUUCAGCCUAGGGUGGAUCAUUGUGCCUGCAUGGUUGAUCUUCUGGGCAGGUGGGGCUUUCUGCAAGAAGCUGAAGAGUUCAUCUAUACACUUAAAUUUGAACGUCAUGCCAUGAUUUGGGCUACAAUGCUUGCAGCUUGCAGAAUACAUGGGGAUGAUGUUAGGGGCCAAAAUGCUGCUGAGAAACUCAUUGAACUUGAACCUCAAAAUUCUUCACCCUAUGUGCUUCUUUCUAACAUUUAUGCUGCAUCAGGAAACUGGGAUGAGGUUAAUGUUUUAAGGAGGGAAAUGAGAGAGAAAGGAGUGAAGAAGUUGCCAGGAUGCAGCUGGAUUGUAGUGGGACAGAAGACAAAUAUUUUUGUUGCAGGGGACAAGUCUCAUUCUAGUGCUGGAAAAAUUGAUCUAGUAUUAAAAAAUUUGACAGCACUGAUGAAAGAAGAUGCUUAUGCUACUCUUAUUGAUUCUUUUAUCCAUGAUGAAUGGUAAAACCUUCUUUUGUCGCUGGCUGUGUGCCUGCUUAGGCAGACAUGAAGUCUUUACUAAAGCUCAUACCGAAAUAAUAGAAAUUACAUUGAUGGAUAGAAGGCACAUAGAGACUGUUAGCCACAUUAUGACUGAAAGGCAGAGCGACAGGCAAGACUUUUCUUUGGAGGUCUAAAUCUGCAUUGAGUCUCUCAUAUUCAUUGACACAUGGUUUCUCUACUUAGGACAUCUGAGUAUCUGGACAUGGCUGAAAGUGAGAAUUAAGAAAACUGACUUAUUGAUUUGAUAACUCAGAAAAUGAAAAGCAGCUCAGCGUUAAGUAAGAUAGCCUUUUGGAUAGUUACUUCAUUUAGAUAUUUUAAACAUGGUGCAUUGAGUACAAUAAGGAUUAUUGAUACUGAGCAUUUUGUGUUUGAUGGCAUAGAUAGGUUUUCUAAAGUUUUUUUCGUGUUGGAUUUUGGGUGAUCAGUGAGUUCCGAGGUAGAGAAUGGAGAGAUACCCAGCUUGUGGAUCUGGUGAUGAACUUGCCUGGAAAACAAAUGGCUGUUAAUUUCAGGUUGGUGGGUUCCCGAGAGCUUGGAAUGCCUAUUGCUACUGCCUUCAGAAACAGCAUAAAACGCUUGGGUAUUUUGGGCUGAGACUGCCAUGAAUGGGAAUACAGCAAGUGUAUAUUGGAGAUGAGCCAUCUGCCUUUUCAUUUGCUUCCACUUUUGGUUUUGUUCAUCUUUAGUUUAAUAGUUAGCCUACAUUUUUGUCU